CGACUUCAGGGAAGUGUACCCCUUGCUGGAGGAGGGCAUCUUCGCCAUCCUCUUCCUGCCGCUGCUGGUUGCCACAGCCGCGGGAGUGCUGCUGGGGUGCUGGUGUGCCAAGAGGACGCGGAGCCAGAGAGGUGCGAACGGUUAGCACGUCAGCCCGUCCGAGUCGGACGAGAAGCGGCGGCAGCUCGCCGCUGAGCAGGUGGCGGCCGUGCGCGCCCGUCGAGAGUCUGGGCGCCACACACAUCAGUGAGUAUGGCAGCCAGGGGAGACUAUAUCCUCAUCAAGUACAACGGGGUAGACGAGGACUUUUAUCAUGAGACCUUGAUCACGGGGGUCAUUUCAGAGGAUCCCACUGAGGUUACCCUGUACACCGCCGAUCAGGAUCACUAUCAGUUCAACAUAGCGCCUGGGGAUGAUGUAGAGGCGGUGUAUUGGAUCGGGCUGCCAGGAGGUCGCCCCGCUCACGUGCCUGAGAAUCAGAUCUAUCGGUUCCGCCACAACGUGCCGCCCAAUGAGCGCCAGAGACUCUUCGCGGAGGCGCAGGGCAUGCUGGGAGCAGCGCCGGCGCCUCCACCCGCCCCUCUGGCGGCCCCGAUGCGGAACGUGCAGAGGCAGGGUCUAGGCCGUCCCGCCGGAGCGGCCGCCAGACGCGCCGAGCCCGGCCGCGUGUGGGUCUUCGCCGAGGACCAUGGCCGCCACCAGAAGGGCGACAGCGUGGAGGAGCUCCCCGCGGGGUCAGUGGUGCUGGGAGAGAGGGCGGUCGUCCCCAUGGCGGACGGCAGCACGGCGUUCUUGCAGAUGAUCCCCCAGGACGGCAUUGAUGAGUUCAAGAUGGACGAUCUCAGGGUGAUGCCCGUGAAGUUCGACGGCAUGGGGCGGCGCAGGAGGCUCUUCCAGGAUGGCGUCGCCAGCUUCGUGCCCGACGAGCCCGAAGGGGGCUUGGGGCUUGAGGGCCCCCGCACAGUGUCCUGGAGAUGCCAGACCUACGUCGAGAGGUCCCAGACGCCGGGCAUGAUGGUGGCCCCGCUGCUCCAGCAGCACGUGGCGACGGCCCUCCGCGACGAGCACCAGGUGGCCAAAGAGCAGAGGAAGGCUCGGGAGGAGCGUCGCCUGGGCCGCCAGAACAACAAGAACCACAAGGACAAGGCCCCAGAGGGCCAGGGGAGGAGGUUUUUGGACAGGGCUACCAACUCUGUCAUCAGUUCCUUGAAUGAGAUGCAGGGCUGCGCCGGGGUGCACGACGGAACCCCCGCGAUGGGCCAGAUGCUGUCUCAGGAUGCGAUACGCUGUGACGUCGCGUCCACUCCGCCAUCCCCGACCUUGUACACCAGACACGGGGCCGUCCGCGAGCUCUUGUCAGGCAUCGUUGACUAUGCAGGCAGCGAUUGCAGCACCACGGUUCGUCCCUAUCGGCGGGAUCAGGUUUCUCUUCCAGAUCCCGGGAGGCCCUCGGCGGAUUUGCUGUCUACCCUCCCGGAGCCUGACCAGGAUUUGCUGAAGUCAUGGGAUACUCAUAUGCUUGCUGACCCUGCUGAUGUGGGGUUCUAUCGAGAGUCGGGACAUCAGUUUAGGUUGUACUUCGACGAGAUUUUUAAAGCGCAGCGAGGUGUCUACGUUGAGUUUUUGAAAGACCUUAGCGACGCCAAGAUGAUUGGUUGGACAGAGAAGCCUCUGAGCCUGGUGACCCCUUUCUUCGUAGUAAAGAAGCACGACAGGUUACGACUCAUCAUGGAUUGCAGGAACACGAACCCCCUCUUCCGAGCACCCCCUGCCCCUGAGAUGGGCACGGCUGCAGCUUGGGGCAACCUGGAGCGUCCCGAGGCUCGUCCUGGAGCCGAGGCCGGCGGAGCUGACGCCAGCGGAAGUGGCGGAAGCAAACUCUGGGUCGCCCAGGCGGACGUGAAGGAUUGUUUCCACUGCGUUCGCAAUCUUCCAGAGCUGUGCCCGUACUUCUGCACGCCGCCGAUCACGGAGGGAGAGAGAGCCGACGCUGGUAUUGGUGGCCCAAGUGGCCUUGGGGAUCUGGCUCGUGAAGUUUCGGUUUACCCAAUGCUGCUGACUCUUCCAAUGGGGUUCUCCUGGGCCUUCUAUUUCGUCCAGCGCCUCGUGGAACACCAGUGCAGAGUUUCCUUGGCUGGGGCUGGCUUGGCUUUCAAGUUCCUGAGGGACCAGGCCCCUGCUCCGGAUCUUGGGACCCAGUUGGCCGUUCUACCCUACUGCGACAACAUCAAUGUCGCGGGCAUCAGGAGGGAGGAGGUGAAGGAGGCUAAGGAUGUGAUCGUUCGGAGGCUUCGAUUCGUGCAGUUCACUGUCCAUGAGGAGACCGAGCCCGAGACCCUGUCGUACUCGCUGGGUCGCGUUAUCGAUGGGGAGUCCUGGGUGGUUCGUAAUCGGUCUGAACGAGGGGAGCGUCUUCGCAAGGUUUGCGAGGCUCUUGAGGGGGGUCAACCAGUGACGGGUAGGCAGAUGAAGCAGUACCUUGGCCACGUGGUCGAUUUCUUUCUGAUUGGACGGGAGGCCCUCUCGGUGCUCAGAGCUUGCUACGAUUUUGCGCAGGCGCCUGAGGACCUGGAGGUCAACCCGGGGUUCGACGAGAUCCCAGAGGCCUUCAUGGACCCCGACAAGUGGCACGAGGUGUUUGCUAUGCGUUUCAGGAAGGAGGAGGCUAUACCUAUUCUGGAAGGAGCUGUGGAGCGCAUCUCGGGACCCUCGAGAGAGAGCCGUCGGGAGAAGCGCCAGAGCAUCUUCGGGGCCUUCGAGCGUCUUGCCUUGUCGGGCCAGCAUUCCAUUCUCGAACGUCACUCGAUUACGGCACCCACGGAGGGCCUGUACACAGCCUGGUGGGAGGAGCUCCAGGAUUUUGUGGCUAUGAACGGCUGCACCUUGGACAGCGUGAGGAAUGCCGACAUUGCGCUGGUGGACUUCGCGGACUACUUGUUUCUCGAGGGGUUCGAGCGGCCCGACCUCAUGAAGAUGUACGCCGCGGCCGCCUGGCACCUGGCCGGCCUGUCCCCCAUCGGGAAGCUGCGUUUCCCGCGGUUCUCCCGCGCAGCCCGGGGGCUGGGCCUGCUGGCGCCAGCGCAGACCGUGCCGCCCGUCCCUUUCGAGGUGGUGUGCUGGAUCGCCUGGCACAUAUACCUCCGCCUCCAGGACUGGACCAUCCCACUCUGCCUGCUGACCAUGUUCGUCUGCUACUUCAGGCCCGUGGACGUCCACAGCCUGAGGGAGGAGGACCUGGUGCCGCCAGGAGGCUCGAGCAGUCACUGGGUGCUCAACGUGCACCCUGCCCGCCGCGGAGAGACGUCAAAGGUGGGGGUGUCCGACGAGGCGCUGCUCCUCGACUCUCCCUACCUCCCAGGUCUGGGCCCCGCGCUGCAUCGGCGACGUCGCGGCCAACGGCUGGCCAAGCUGUUCGAGGUCAGCGAGAGGGAGCUCAGCAUGCAGUGGGGCCGCUCGCAAGAGCAGCUCGGGCUGCUCCCAUCCCAGCGGCGUCGCCUGUACCAGAUCCGCCACGCGGGGCCGCCCCACGACAUCCUCAUGGGGGUCCGCACGCUCCUCGACGUCAAGCGCCGGGGGAGGUGGAGCUCGGACGCGACCGUCAAGCGGUGCGAGGCGGCGGGGGUGGUGCAGCAGGAGUGGGCCAAGCUGUCGACGGCACAACAGGCCGCCGCGUCUCGCGCGGCGGAGUGGAUGCAGUCUCAGGAGCUGUACUGCGGCACGCACGGGAUCCUCGACAGCGCGGGCCGCCAGGGCAUCGGCGGCGUCGGCUGGGACACGGAAAUCAGUUCAAAGGCCGACCUCUCGAGUGCGGCCGUCAUCAGGAGCAUCGCCCGCGACUUCAAAGCGGGCGAGAACCGCUUCGGGCUGAGUGGGGCGUUCGCAGCUCUCUGGGUUGGCAUCGUUUGCUCGACCUG